UCUUAUCUUUCUUCUUUGCAGUUUUUAUCGGAAAGCAUGCGGAUUACUAAAAUUGGAACCCUCGUGUCCACUAACUGGCUGAAGGAUUGUUUGUCAUCGUCGUCUGCAGACAAACUUCGUGUUUUAGAUGUUUCUUGGGCUCGUCUGCAAAAGCCUGGUGUUGGCUACGACAAGUUCUACAAGAAGCAACAUAUUCCUGGAUCCAUCUACUUUGAUCUGAACCAGUGCAGUACCCCAACUAAACAUCUGCCGUACGACUUACCAGAUACAAAUUGUUUAAGUGAAUACAUUGGAAAUUUGGGAAUUUCCAAUAAGAAUUAUAUUAUUGUUUAUGAUCAGCAAAACAACAGCUCAGCAUUCCGAGCCUGGUGGAUGUUUAAGUACCUUGGCCACUCUGAUGUAUCAAUGUUAGAUGGAGGAAUGUCCAAGUGGAUUGCUGAUAACUAUGAAGUGACAGCAAAACCGACAACAUACGAGAAAUGCAACUUUGAAAUUAACCUUGAGCCAAAACGUUUUCGGUCCUUUGAAGAAAUAGCAAAAAAUCUGGAAACCCAAACUGAAAAAGUUGUCGACUGUCGUCCUUCUCAAGCUUUCCAUGGAAAUCCUCAAGAUAAACUUGGUCAUAUUCCUCAUUCCAAGAAUUUACCAUAUUCAACACUAUUUAAACCAGAUGGUACCAUGAAGUCAAAGGCUGAACUAAAAGACUUGUUUACAGCUUCUGGAGUUUCUCUUGGGAAACCUUUAAUUUGUACGUGUCAAACGGGAGUAACUGCUUGUGGCGUUGCUGCUGCUGCAGAAAUGCUUGGUAAAGAAGAAAUCACCGUCUAUUUGGGUUCUUGGCAUGAAUGGUCUCAGAGAGCUGAUUCCAAACAAAUCAUUUAAUCUUGGAAAUUCCAAGUUAUAGUGCAGAAUCUUUUUGAAAGUAAUUUAAAGUGUGAUCCGAAAUUAUACAAAGAUAUUUUAGAAACUUUUUAUUUAAAUUUGCUUUUGUGAUUUGUUUUCACCCAAGAAAAAGAGGUCAGUAACUUUCGUUGAAGUAAAAAAAUCAGCUUCACAAGAGCAAAUUACUGCCACACCUGUAGAAAUGAUCACCAGCUUUGAUAUAAUCCGUCAUAUUGAUCUGGUUUUAAGACCAAGAUUAAGAAUUUAUUUUAUACUGUUUAAAUUAUUUUCAUAUCCAUUUUUCUUAUGUUUGCUAUAAUUUUUACAAAUUCGAAUAUUGGUUAUCGUUAUAAAGAUUUUUUUUAUAACCAAACGACUGUAGUGUGUUGCUGAAUAUAAAAUAAAAUAAAAGACAAAAUGAAAAAAAAAUUCAUUUGAUAUUAAUAAGAAAUUAAAUCUCAAAGGAGAAA